AUGGAGAGCCCGGCGGAGAACCCGAGCAGGGCUGCGGAAUAUCUGAAGGAGCUCAACAGGAUCAUCGAGACGCAGCAGGAGUUGCUGGAGAGGCAGCGGGGACGCAUCGAGGAGCUGGAGCAGCAAGUGUCCGACUUGUGCACGGAGAACGUGUGUCUGAAGGAGCAGUACCAGCGGCACCUGGCCACCUGCAGGCUGAGGAGUCUCACAGAUGAUGAAUUGGCUCAGAAAUGGCGGGGGGGGGGGAGUAAAGUGGUGAGGAGACACGCCUCCCUACCUGUCCAGGUCACAGAGAAUCCCGGGAGGUCGGCGUCCGGGGGCUGCAGAAGAGCCGUGCCCUGCCACAAGUGGAAAUCUGCUUCCUUUGGGUAA